GAGUCGUGCCGGUGCCUGGGUUGCCAACUCAGCGGGCCGCAGUCCGCGUGAGCACGAGUGACACUCCUGGGGCGGGAAAACGUCCUUGGCCCUUUGAGCAGGCAGCCAGCCCGCUGGUGUGGCGGAGCCAGGUGCACCGGCGGCUGACGCCAGGUACCGCUUGCCGCAGCACCUGCCGCACCAAGCCCGCGCCCGGGGCGGGGCUUCCCGCGUCCCCUUUAAGAGGCCGCAUCACCCGCCCCUGACGUAAGGGUGUCUCUCCGCACGAGCCCGCGUCCCGCGCCGCUCCGCGCCCCCGCGCCCACAGCCCCGGCGGCGGCACGACGAGCGGCGGCUCGGCCAGCGCGCCUCUCCGCUUGGCCCUCCUUCUCCGCCCCGCCGCCGCCCGCUUCUCGCACCGCAGCCGCCCGCGCGUCCUCCUGCACCAUGUCGGUGGCUGGGCUGAAGAAGCAGUUCCACAAAGCCACUCAGAAAGUGAGUGAGAAGGUUGGAGGAGCUGAAGGAACCAAGCUAGAUGAUGACUUCAAAGAGAUGGAGAGGAAAGUGGAUGUCACCAGCAGGGCUGUGAUGGAAAUAAUGACUAAAACCAUUGAGUACCUUCAACCCAAUCCAGCUUCCAGAGCCAAGCUCAGCAUGAUCAACACCAUGUCAAAAAUCCGUGGCCAGGAGAAAGGGCCAGGCUAUCCCCAGGCAGAGGCACUGCUGGCCGAGGCCAUGCUCAAGUUCGGAAGAGAGCUUGGAGAUGAUUGCAACUUUGGCCCAGCGCUUGGAGAUGUGGGCGAGGCCAUGCGGGAACUCUCGGAGGUGAAAGACUCUUUGGACAUGGAAGUGAAGCAGAACUUCAUUGACCCCCUUCAGAAUCUUCACGACAAAGAUCUGAGGGAAAUUCAGCAUCAUCUAAAGAAGUUGGAGGGUCGACGCCUGGACUUUGAUUAUAAGAAAAAACGACAAGGGAAGAUUCCAGAUGAAGAGCUCCGUCAGGCUUUGGAGAAAUUUGAUGAAUCUAAAGAAAUCGCUGAGUCAAGCAUGUUCAACCUCUUAGAGAUGGAUAUUGAACAAGUGAGCCAGCUCUCUGCACUCGUCCAGGCCCAGCUGGAGUACCAUAAGCAAGCAGUCCAGAUCCUGCAGCAGGUCACUGUCAGACUGGAAGAAAGAAUAAGACAAGCUUCAUCUCAGCCUAGAAGGGAGUAUCAGCCUAAGCCUCGAAUGAGCCUGGAGUUUCCAUCCGGGGACAGCACUCAGCCCAACGGGGGCCUGUCCCACACGGGCACCCCUAAACCUGCAGGUGCCCCAAUGGAUCAGCCCUGCUGCCGAGCUCUGUACGACUUUGAACCUGAAAAUGAAGGGGAGUUGGGUUUUAAAGAGGGUGACAUCAUCACACUCACUAACCAGAUUGAUGAGAACUGGUACGAGGGGAUGCUUCAUGGCCAGUCAGGCUUCUUUCCCAUCAACUACGUGGAGAUUCUGGUUGCUCUGCCCCGUUAGGAUGUUACUCUGGCUGGCUCACCUCUUCUUGGCCCAGAUAGUUAAGUUUAACCACUGCUUUGGUAAUGCUGCUUACAAUACAUCCCAAGUGCAGGCCGCAGUGGUCCAGGUCAUCAAGCCCCACCAAGUAUCUUUGGUUGACUUGCGUGAUCCCACAAAAGUCAUGGUGAUGGAUGGUAUCUUCUUAGUCUGGUAGGCAUGGCACGUGCUUUUUAAACAUCAUCUGAGAUCAGCCAGUAGUCACAGAACUGCUGUUGACACAGUUCUCAGGAGGCUGUGGCUUCUUAGAUUAUGCCCACGAGCCACAUCACAGAAAAACCAUCCUACCGAAGAUACUAUCUAUCACCUGGGGCCUUUUCAAGGUCUCAGGUUCUCCACUGAAGUAAAGGAGAAAGUUCUUGUUUUCACAUAGAUCCCCCUCCCAAACAUGUGAGUUACAGAAUUGUCGAAGAAAGCCUCCCUCACCAGCAAGCUGUCUUCUGGUCUGAAUGAGUCAGUUCCUCGAUGCUACCAAUAGAAAAGUGUUGAGUGUGUGUUCAAAGCCUUCUCUGAAAAGUCACCCUUGUUCCCCAACUUAUGCCUAUUUCUGAGGUACAGCCAGUUUUCUUCCCUCUGUGCUAUUACAGCCAGAGGGGGCUCCCCUUUUAUUUCUAAGUCAGUUAGCAGUCAGCAUGCUGUGGGAGAGGCUGAAGAGAUUCUCCCUUAAUGAGAACUUGGGAAGAGAUCUGGUUUCCAAGCUUACAUUUCUUGCUGUACAGAAUCCGUGUAUGUAUUUAGGGCAUUCCUGAGGUUACAUGCAAGGGGAACAAAUAUCUUCACUUGAGUUUUAUUUAUGAUUUACAUGUUUCAUGAGUCCAUUUGGCAGAGACACAAGGAGAAAAACACUGGAAACCAUUUUCCCACUAGCUCAUAGACCAAGAAACAGUAACUAUCUUCCCUUUCCACUUUCACCUUGUGUUCUUUGAACAUCGUUUGUGCGUAUUCUGCCCUCAAUGAGGACCAAAUAAAGAUGAUGUUUGUGCUUAGCAGUUUAAGAUGUGUGGCUGCAUAUGCAAAACUCUUCCCAAUUCAGUCAUUCGUUUUAUUUCUGUCCCUUCUACCUUAUCUUCGGUUUGAGUGUACAGUGCUGUGUGUAAGCUUACGAGUGGUUUUGUUUUUGUUUUUGUUUUUGUUUUUGUUUUGUAUCAGUCAUUGAAGUCCUGUUAGGUAUCCAGAGUUCUGUUUAUCUAGCUGUACAGAUCCUUUCAGAGGUUUAAUGUGCUGCUUCCAAUGUGCCACCUGCGACAGUGGAUCAUGUGGAGUGAAAGGCAAAUCUUACUGCUUAAUGUAUAAAAUCUCACCAUGGGAAGCAUCGCUGUUUCCAAUAAAUACUGCUGAAGACAGAA